AUGGAGUCACAGGUUGAGUUUGUAAAUCCUUCCCCUAAAAAGGACACCAAGGAGUCCUUUCUUGAAAAAGCCAAAGCAGCUCGAGCAGAGCGAGAGCAAGAGAAAGCUAGAGAUCAGGCUGUCAUCAGGAUCCAGACACAGUUCCGAGGAUGUCUGCAGAGAAGAAAAUUCCAAAGCCUCAUCAGGAAGAACUUAGCAGAAGCGUUGGAUGCUUCCAGUUCCAGUGAUCCAUUGAAGGUAUAUGAGGCUGUACUCAAGCUCUUCCCUUACAUCAAAAUACCUGAUGAUGAAACUCUAUUCAUCAGAUAUCUCAAGUAUGUUCUGGAGAGCAUGGGGAAGAAGAAUCUGGAGGAUUCAUAUGCAGGGAUCAUGUUGAAGAGGGAGCAUGCUGUGUCAUGGAUAGUCCACAUCAAGCGAGCUUUGGUUCUCACACUCCUUUUUCUUGCCAAAGGAGAUCGAAAAGCCAUGACAACGCAUCUUCACAUGCUAGUCACAUUUACCCAUCCAUCUUCCUGGGGUUUUUGGUCCUCGUCCCCUCCUUCACUUCAGCCUUGUUUUCAUAAGCUUGCUGAGAACGCUCUUGGCCACCUAGUCCUCAAUGACCUCUAUCAAACCAUUCAGAUGGUGCUGAUAGAAUCAAGAAGCAUGAUGAAGGCAACCUCUCUGAUGGCACUGGUAUCUCUGACUCUUCGCCCUCUGGUGGCAGGGAAUUUUCCUCUAAAUUUUCUUGGUCUCUUCAUCCAACACUUCCUUACCAUUCCUGCUGUGAUCCAGCUCAUCCAUUCCACUUCCCCUCAGGCAUUGAAGGAGAUGGAAGGCAGUAAUGUGUUGGUGCAUGUGUUGAAGUACAUGGGGGAGUCUGGGAACCAGACUGAGGUGGUGAUGAGCUUAAAAGGAAAUCUACUCCUCUCAUUCCUUGCCAAUUUCAUCCAUCUGACUACUCUCUUCAACCAUACUCUCCCUGCUGAAGGGGAUCUGGACCUUCAUUUUUCUGAGGUGGUGCGAGAGUCAAUUGAUGUCAUCGGAAGCGAUUGUGGGGGCAGAGGUGCCAAGUCGACUGUGUGGCAUCCUGUCCUUGGAUGGUUCCCAUAUCCAUUGGAUCCUGGAACCAUGGAACUUCUCCCAGUGGUGAAGACUCAGUUGAGCUCCCUCUGGAGCAUGGCAUUGAAGGAGAUGGAAGGCAGUAAUGUGUUGGUGCAUGUGUUGAAAUACAUGGGGGAGUCUGGGAACCAGACUGAGGUGGUGAUGAGCUUAAAAGGAAAUCCACUCCUCUCAUUCCUUGCCAAUUUCAUCCAUCUGACUACUCUCUUCAACCAUACUCUCCCCGCUGAAGGGGAUCUGGACCUUCAUUUUUCUGAGGUGGUGCGAGAGUCAAUUGAUGUCAUCGGAAGCAAUUGUCGGGGCAGAGGUGCCAAGUCAACUGUGUGGCAUCCUGUCCUUGGAUGGUUCCCAUAUCCAUUGGAUCCUGGAACCAUGGAACUUCUCCCAGUGGUGAAGACUCAGUUGAGCUCCCUCUGGAGCAUGGUGAUGAUCAAGUGGUGUUUCCAGGCCCUUGUUGCCAGGGAACCUGAGUCUCCUGAAGAAGAAUCCCACUCCAUUCAUUGGUUUCUCAAGCGUAUCACUCCUGGAAAGAGGGGGGAAGCAGUGGGGAAGAAGAUUUCUUCAUUGUCUGUGCAGAAGGUUGCUCGUGCAUCUCAGAUGUACAUGGCAUGCCUCAGCACACUUGCUCCUGUUCAACUGGACAUCCUCUCUGGAUUAUGUUGUGGAGAUUUCCUCCUGCCUCAUCUUCUGAAGUUCCUGGAAUCUUUGGCACCAAACUUUGGCCUAAAAUUAUGGCUUGAUCUCUUAGCUCUUGAUCCCAAGUGCAAGAUCCCAGAAUUUUCCUUGCUAACUCUGUUCUGUAAAUGUGCCACUUAUCUUAUCACAAUCCUGGAUGACAAGGAACUCUAUGUAGACCAGAAACCCAUCUCCCUCUCUGAUCUGACUUCUCUGUCACGCUUCUUGAACCAGUUCCUCUUCAAAUCUCUUUGGACGGAGCUGAUUUCCUCCCAUGGAUUGUCUGAGAAUCAUUUGUUUGCAUCGCUGCACAAGAUGCUGGUGCUGAUCUACUGGCGGGACUCACGGAGAUGUUUCACAAUGCCAAAUCACUGGCUUCUAAAGGAUGUCAGUGUCUCCUCCUUUCUGUAUGAGCUGGAGAAAAAGAAGCCAUGUGCUCUGGUGAACACUUUCAUCUUGGUGCUAAUGAAGAAGAUGCCCCACUUGAUUCCUCAUCAUGAGAGGGUCAUCCUGUUCCGCAAGGCCAUACAAGAGGAUAAGGAGCGACUUGGCCUCUUGGAUUCUUCUCCAUCUCACUCUUGCUUCUCUACUGUCAUCAGUGUACACCGGAGCAGCUUAGUGGAUGAUGGAUAUCGGCAGUUGUCAUCAUUGACCCCAACAGCCCUGAAGGGAGUCAUUAGGGUGAAGUUCAUCAACCUCCAGGGACUGGAUGAGGCUGGCAUCGACCAGGAUGGUGUCUUCAAGGAGUUCCUGGAAGAGACGGUGAAGCAGGUGUUUGAUCCGGGGCUGAACCUCUUCCAAACGACAUCUGACAGGACCAUCUAUCCCUCACCCACAUCCCACAUCCAUGAGAAUCACCUCCUUCUCUUUGAAUUCAUUGGGAAAAUGUUGGGGAAAGCUAUCUAUGAGGGGAUUGUGGUGGACAUACGCUUUGCAUCAUUCUUCCUCAGUCAAGUGGUUGGAUUUCAUCAGUCGGGUAACUCUUACUCGUGUAUGGAUGAUCUUCCCUCUCUUGACAAUGAACUCUUCAAGAACCUCACCUUCGUCAAACACUAUGAGGGUGAUGUAAGUGAGCUGGAUCUGGGGUUCAGUUGUGAUGAAGAUGUCCUGGGACAGCUGGUGACCCAUGAGUUUGUUCCUGGAGGCCGUGCCAUUCCUGUCACCAAUCAGAACAAUGUUGAUCUGAGGGACCUGAGAAAGCACACACAGUACUAUGGUGGGUUUCAUGACAAGCAUCGUCUUAUCACCUGGCUCUGGGAUAUUCUUGACAAGGACUUCUCUGAACAAGAAAGGCGACUCUUCCUCAAGGUGCAGCGAUUGAUAUCAGGUGAUCCCUGCAGUGUUGAUCUGAGGGACCUGAGAAAGCACACACAGUACUAUGGUGGAUUUCAUGACAAGCAUCGUCUUAUCACCUGGUUCUGGGAUACUCUUGACAAGGACUUCUCUGAACAAGAAAGGCAACUCUUCCUCAAGUUUGUGACAUCUUGCAGUUCUGCUCCCCGCCUUGGUUUCAGUCACCUGGAACCCCCAUUCUCGAUCCGUUGCGUGGAGGUCGGAGAAGACGAAGACACGGGAGACACACUGGGUACGUCGAUGUUGGAUGAAUCGCUUUUGCUUGUCCUACUACCCUGCUGCAUUCUAGUCACCUGGAACCCCCAUUCUCGAUCCGUUGCGUGGAGGUCGGAGAAGACGAAGACACGGGAGACACACUGGGUGCAGCGAUUGAUAUCAGGUGAUCCCUGCAGUGUUGAUCUGAGGGACCUGAGAAAGCACACACAGUACUAUGGUGGAUUUCAUGACAAGCAUCGUCUUAUCACCUGGUUCUGGGAUACUCUUGACAAGGACUUCUCUGAACAAGAAAGGCAACUCUUCCUCAAGUUUGUGACAUCUUGCAGUUCUGCUCCCCGCCUUGGUUUCAGUCACCUGGAACCCCCAUUCUCGAUCCGUUGCGUGGAGGUCGGAGAAGACGAAGACACGGGAGACACACUGGGGAGUGUGAUAAGAGGGUUUUUGAAGAUAGGAUCCCGUCGGGACCCAGUGAAUCGUCUCCCGACUUCCUCGACCUGCUUCAACCUUCUCAAGCUCCACAAUUACCACAAGAAGAGCACCCUGCGAGACAAGUUGCGAUAUGCAAUUCACAGUAACACCGGCUUUGAACUCUCCUAG